AUGCGGCUACCAAAUUAUGUGCUAGCUGGUUUGGUUUGCCUCCCGGCAGCCUUUGCCAAUCUUUUAGGACCGUCAUAUCCUCCUCCCAGGGACUUGUCUAGCAGCCACAGUCGGGUCGCCGCCAGCUGGAAGAACCUGACAUCCCAACUCAACACCGUCCUCGACGGUAACCAGGCCAAAAAGACCAGUGGAGUUUAUGCACUGAAGAACCUCACAUUCUCUGCUGGGUUAUUUUCCACACUUGACCCCAAAGCGAAAGAUCUUCAAUUCCACCACACCGCUAGCGAAGUCGCAAACUCCCCGGUUGGAGUGAAGAAGGUUGAUGGAAACAGCAUUUACAAGGUCGCCAGUGUAUCGAAGCUCUUUACUGUUCUUGCCGGGCUUAUAGAGCUCAAGCCCCGGGACUGGGACCGUUCACUCACCGACAUCUUCCCAUUCUUAGCCGAGCGUGUUCGUAAGCAACACGAUAAGUUCCGACUUGUCUAUGAUGUUCAAUGGGACAAAGUCACCCUCAAAUCCCUUGCGGGCCAGAUGGGCGGCAUACCCCACGGUGCUACAGAGGAAUUCCUACAAACCUUUCUUCUAUACAAGUACCUCGAACGCUCUGAUGACCCCUCGUUGACUGAUCCAAACUUCUACGGUCUUCCACCUCUGAACGAGAGCGACUUGUCGCUAUUGCCAUCCUGUCUGGGUGAACAGACCCAGGGGUGUAACCCAGUCUCCUGGGAUGUGGCAUACGCCCCAAGGCCUCCAGUUUACCUUCCCUGGACAAGCCCUGAGUAUGCAAACGGUGGUUAUAUCUUCCUCGGUCUCGCGAUUUCAAAUCUCACGGGAAAGUCUAUGGAUGAAUGGUAUAGUGAUUCUAUCUUCGAACCUCUGGGUUUGAAGUCGACCUACUCCUCACCCCCUGACAACUCCACCCGCCCCCAUUCCGUCACAUCAGAGGGUCUCGAUGAGCAGUUCGUUCCCAAUGGAGGCGUCACAAACCCAUCUGGUGGGUUGUUUUCUACAACCAACGAUCUCUCCAAGCUUGGUGUCGCCCUCCUGAAUUCCACCCUCCUCCCCUCUGAAAAGACACGGGAAUGGAUGAAGCCCGUCACUCACACCUCAAGUCUCCGCUACUCCGUCGGCUCACCAUGGGAGAUCCACCGAUACAUCCACGCAGGCUCAGGCGUGGUCACCGACCUAUACACGAAGCUUGGCGACUCGGGAUGCUACGGUGGCAUCGUGGUCGUGAUACCUGACUUCAACGCCGGCUUCACUCUCCUCUCAGCUAGCACGCAACCCAGCCGCAGCAGCGAGGCGCUCUUGGCAAUCGACCUUAUCGCCGAUGCCAUUCUCCCAGCCCUUAUGGAGCAAGCCGCGGCAGAAGCAGCGCAGAAAUUCGCCGGCACAUACAAGGCCGAAGACUUCAAUUCGUCGUUGACGCUCACUGUUGUGCCACCUUCCCAGCCCGCGCCUGGCUUGAACAUCACUUCGUGGAUUAGCAAUGGUACAGAUAUCACGGCUUUAGUGCCUAGACUCUUGGGUGAUGUCGGGUCACGACUUGUGCCGUCUAUUGUCUCCGAGCAGGCCAGUGGGGAAAUCGCUUUCCGUGCAUACACUGCUACUCAGGGCAAGGGUCCCGGAGUGGGUUCCUCGUCAAGUCUUUUCUCUCUGUUCUACGAUCUCAACGACUGGACUAUGUUGGACCAGUUGACCUGGGGUGGUAUUGCUACCUCGCUCUUCGUUUUUGAUGUUGAAAAAAAUGGAACUGUCAAGUCAAUAACACCAGGUGCCUACAGAGUGAAGAUGGCGAAGAAGUGA